AUGGAGGGCUCUUCUCGAGAUAUCAAAGACGAGCCAGACAUCGAACCUGGCCCUGAACUACCCAAGCCUAUUGCCGGCACCGAAACACCACCAAGUCCUAGAACGGCUGCGGCGGCUCUGAGGAAAGACAAGGCACGCGUGAGGUUCAACAGUAAUGCUGCUGCCCAUCCUCCUACUACAGCCUCAGUCCCGCCUCCAGCUGCUCAAGCAACCAUCUCCAAGCCCAGACCUUCACUCCUGCGCGGCAGCUCUGCAGAAGUUGUAAAGACACUCAAAGAUGCCGAAGAUGAGUCGGAUCCAGAGUCAAAAGAGGCAAUGGUUGCAGCACAGGAGCGUGCUCGUAUAAUGGCAGCAAACAUCCACAAUGAUUCAUCUGCCAUAGACAGAGACUCUCUUGAGUCCAGCACCGGAACACCCGCCUUUGAUAGUCCAUAUGGCUCUGGCAUCCCUCUCCAAACUCUUGACGAAUCUGGUAGCAGCCGAGAAGGUUUCCACAAGCUCCCUUCCGAGGACAAAGAGGGCCAUGGCUUGAAAGACGAGGCUUUCAACCUUGUCCGAGCACACACCAUGCGUUUCGGACCAAGCAGUAGCACUGGCCAGAGUUCACCGGCCGACAAAGGAAAACAGCACGAAGAACGCACCCUGACUGAACUGAACGAUGGAAACUUUGACGGAGUGUUAUACGAUGUCCCUGCCCCAGAGCAGUACCGUGGAAGUGUACUAUCACAGCUUCUGAAGCUUUACAAGCCUCCUGAGCCUUCAUUCAAGGGCACACAUCACCGAGCCGCCUCUGCAUCUUCCGUGAUAAGCGAUGGCACACCCACUGUCCAAGGCACACCAUCCGGAGCCUCUACCCCAAAGCGCAAAUGGUACGACCAGAACAAGUCCCAGGAUACUCUCGCCAAUCUUAUCGAAGCCUCAUCGCGACUUGCCAACCCCGUCAACCCCAACGAUUCGGCAGACAAGGCCAAGAAGAACGGAAAGAAACCCCAGAGACCAGGUCAGAGACGAACCCACAGCGCAAACCGACUGAGUGGACUUUGGCAGCAGCAAGAAGCGCGUAUUACAGUCCAUAUUGCAGAGACUCUGGCUCGGCAGGACUACAUCAUCAGACUCUGCCGUGCUCUUAUGCUAUUCGGAGCUCCUACCCAUCGAUUGGAGGAGUAUCUCAGCAUGACAGCCAGAGUUCUCGAAAUCGACGGCCAGUUUCUCUACCUGCCAGGAUGUAUGAUCAUCUCAUUCGAUGACAAGUCCACCCACACAACCGAAGUCAGGAUCGUCCGAACCGGACAGGGUAUUGACCUGGGCAAGUUGAAGGAUGUACAUCUGAUCUACAAGGAGGUCAUGCACGACGUCUGUGGAGUUGAGGAGGCAGCCGAGAAGCUCGAUACCCUGAUGAAGCGCAAGGACAAGUUCCACAAGUGGCUCAGAGUUGUCAUGUUCGGGGUCAUGAGUGUCACAGCUUCUCCGUUCUCUUUUGGCGCCCGCCUCAUCGAUCUCCCUCUCAUCUUCGCCUUUGGCUGUCUGAUCGGAGUGCUGCAGCUCAUUGUGGCUCCCAACUCUGCCCUUUACAGCAACGUCUUCGAGGUAUCCUCCACCAUCAUUGUCAGUUUCCUGGCAAGAACCUUUGGCAGUAUCAAGAGCGGCGGAGAGGAGAUCUUUUGUUUCGGCGCGUUGGCCCAGGGCGGUAUUGUCAUGUUACUGCCUGGUUACAUGGUUUUAUGCUCUGCUCUCGAACUCCAGUCUCGCGCCAUUGUCCCCGGUUCGAUUCGAAUAGUAUACGCCGUCAUCUACUCCCUUCUUCUCGGAUUCGGUAUCACCGUGGGCGCAGCUCUUUACGGAUUGUUCAACUCGGAGCCGUCCAACACGACAACUUGCCCAGACGCCAUGAACCCCUAUUACGGCUUCAUCUUUGUGCCCCCCUUUGUCAUCAGCCUGUGCAUCAUCUACCAAGCCAAAUGGCGCCAGAUGCCCGUCAUGGUUUUUGUUUCCUUUGCAGGCUACAUGGUCAACUACUGGUCAGGCCAGAAGUUCAAGUCCAGUCCCCAGAUCUCCAGCACGCUCGGUGCCCUGGCCGUCGGCCUGCUCGCCAACCUCUACUCUCGAAUCCGACACGGUGUUGCAGCAGCAAUUCUCAUUCCCGCUGUAUUCUGUCAAGUUCCUGGAAGUCUUGCUUCCACUGGAGGAUUGCUCAGCGGUCUGCAAGUGGCCAAUUCCAUCACCAACGCAAGUGGUGAAAUCAACGGAACUUCUUCAGUCCAGUUUCAGCAGGGCUCUAACCCAGACAACCUGGUGUUCAGUGUUGCUGCCUCCAUGAUUCAAAUCGCCAUCGGCAUUGCCGUUGGUCUCUUCAUGAGCUCCUUACUCAUUUACCCUCUGGGCAAGCGCCGUAGUGCCUUGUUCAGUUUCUAA